AUGGUUCCUUUAAUCAAGAAUAUACCAAAUUUUAGCUUAAGAUUUUUAUCAAUGGCUUCGGGAGCACUGAUGAUAACAGCUGGAAUUUUAAACGUCUUUAAUUUAUUUCAAAUAGUUAUAAAUUUAUACAUUAUAUGUUCGGGGGUAUUGUUAAUUUUAUGUGAUAUAAAAACGUUUACCUUUUAUAGAUAUAUAGAGUUCUUAUUCACAGUGGUUGGUAGAAGUCUUUAUAUUCUUAUAAUAGCAUCGAUUAUAAUUAAUAAAGGGUUACUUAGUUUAUUAAUAGGAUUAAUCCUUAUUGUAAUAGCGGCCAUGUAUGUCACAUUAGGUUAUUAUAAUGGUAUACCUAUACCACUUAUGGAUAAACGUAAUUGCGUGAGUAGCUUCCCAGAUCAGAAAAAUAAUGCAAGAAGUACUUGUUCUAUGGAAACAACAGAUGGUUUUAAUUAA